AUGUAUCGAAUGAGGACUUCGCAGCGUGAAAAGAUUAGAAGUUUCAUGGUAUGGACAAAAUCAAAUGAGAAAGUUGCAACUGAUUAUUUGAAUCAUACAGGAUGGAAUUUGGAAAAAGCUUGUGAUCUAUAUUAUCGUUAUCCGAAAAUGUUUCAUUCGGAAAGUGUUGCUAGUGUAGUUGAUCAACGCAAUUUAAAAGCAUUUUUUACCAAAUAUGCUAAUGAUGCAAGAGAUGAUGAUUCUUCAAUUAUUGGUCCGCAUGGCGUUUUGCGUCUAUUAAACGAUCUUGAACUGGAUCCGAGAAGUCGGACAGUGCUAAUUUUGGCCUGGAAGUUAAAUGCAAAAACGUCAUGUGAAUUCACCUGGAAAGAAUUUAGCACUGGUCUUACAGAUAUGAGAGUGGAUUCAUUAGAAAAACUUAGAGCAGCGGUUCCAGAAAUGGCUAAUGAGCUGCAAGAUCCAAUAAAAUUUCGAGAUCUAUAUCAGUUUGCAUAUAAUUAUGCCCGCACGAGCAAUUCUAAAAAUAUUUCUUUAGAAAUGGCUAUUGCCUAUUGGGAACUAUUAUUUGAUAAAAGUCAAGAUUUUCUGGAAAGCUGGUUUAGCUUUUUAAGAGAAAAGGGUGUUGGAGCUAUUUCACGUGAUACUUGGAAUUUGUUUCUCGAAUUCAUCAGAAAUAUUCGGCCGGACUUUAGUAAUUAUGAUGUUGAUGGUGCAUGGCCUGUGCUUAUCGAUGAAUUCGUUGAAUACAGUAAAGAUAAAAUGCAAAGUAAAAUCCAAAGCAGCUAG